UAGCUCUCUUGUUUGCUUCCCCAAGCUCUUCUCGUCACCGAUUUCUUCGUCCGCUCUCAUCCGUGAUUCAUUCCUUUCUCUCAAAAUGGGAAUCUUCUCGGCGAAGGGAGUGGUUUACAAGGCAGUGAAGGACGUUGAUCUCGGACCGAACAGCGAUGAAUACUAUCUCCGAGCCAAUGUCAAAGCUCCAAGGAUGGCGGGAUUUCUCGUGAAGAUAUUCGUAUGGUUCUUGGAGUCGAGAAUAUUCGGAUCAUUGCUAUUAUAUUUACUGAAGAGGAAUAAUCUCAUUCACAAGCUUGUCACAAAUGCAGAGAUGGAAGAGGCCCCUGUUUUUGUUCCGUUACAUCCGCUUGAAGACCUGAAUGAGAGAGAAGUCGUAGCGAUAGAGUCGGAUUCAUCAGUACCUGGCCGAGUGCAACAAGCAGUUGAGUGCAUUCCAUUAUCAGUGGAAAAUUCGUGGAAUGGUCCCAAGACGGGUUCUUUCGGCCGCUGGACCAUAAUGGAUUACGCUAGAGCUUACAGCUCGAGAGAAAUAACUCCCCUUAUGGUUGCAGAGAAAUUUAUAGCGGCUGUCACCAAAUCUUCAAAGACUCCGCUGCAGAUGUCAUUCUUUAUCAACUUCGAACCUGAAGAUAUUCUUCGGCAAGCAGAGGAAUCGACCAUCCGUUACAAAAGAGGAGAGCCGAUUUCCGCUCUUGAUGGAGUGCCGAUUGCAGUAAAGGAUGAAAUAGAUUGCUUGCCAUACCCAACUACAGGAGGUACAAAGUGGUUGCAUAGAUUCAGGCAAUGUAAAGCAGAUGCAUGCUGCGUGGCACGCCUCCGGUUGUGCGGGGCCAUAUUGGUUGGCAAGACCAAUAUGCACGAGCUUGGAGCUGGAACCAGUGGGAUCAACCCUCAUUACGGGACUGCGAGGAAUCCUUAUGAUACAAGAAAGAUCACGGGCGGCUCUUCUAGUGGGUCUGCUGCGGUGGUGGCUGCUGGGUUGUGCCCUGUUGCACUCGGCGUCGAUGGAGGAGGAUCGGUUAGAAUGCCUGCAGCUCUUUGUGGGGUGGUCGGUCUAAAGCCAACUUUCAGCCGCAUACCUAAUGAUGGAGUUCUUCCUCUGAACUGGACAGUAGGGAUGGUCGGAAUACUGGCAGGCACCAUCGAAGACGCACUCAUUGUCUAUGCAGCUAUUAGUGGCAACACUGAUCCGAACCCAGCUAAUUCAUCGCCAAAAAUACACUAUCCACUGCUGAAGUCGGCAGAGUCGAUGCCGGGCAUCAGAUUGGCGAAGUAUGGAGAGUGGUUCAAUGAUUGCAGCGAAGAAAUAAAAGCAAGCUGCUUCAAGGCAUUAGAUCGGCUUCGCGAGAAUUACGGGUGGAAGGUCAUGGAGGUGACGAUACCUGAAAUCGAGACGAUGAGGCUUGCACAUUACGCAACGAUCGGGACUGAAAGCAGCACUUCUCUCAGCACCCAUUUAAAAAAUCUGGAUUAUGCAGAGCUGGGAUGGGAUGCAAGGGUUGCGCUUGCUGUGUACGGUGCCUUCAGCGGCAAGGAAUAUAUAAAAGCACAGAAGAUUAGGAACCGGCAGAUGCAAUUCCACAACAAUAUAUUUGCUGAGGCGGAUGUCAUUGUUUCUCCAAUGACAGGGGUGACUGCGUACCCGAUUCUGGACGAUGCCCGAGAAACUGGUGAACUCGACUAUAUAAAUGGAGCUGCUCUUGUUCGGUACUCGAUAGUGGGGAACUUCCUGGGAUUGCCUGCAAUUACAGUUCCAGUCGGAUAUGACAAAGCGGGCUUACCCAUUGGGCUUCAAUUAAUUGGGAGGCCAUGGUCUGAGGCAACUUUGAUCCACAUAGCAUACGCCAUACAGGCACUGUACGUGGGAGAGUACAAAAGGCCAGAAGUUUACUAUGAUCUGCUCCAUUAAAAAAAAAUGCAGAAAGGAAAUUGAACACUUCUUUUUUGGGCUAUUUUCUUCACAGUUGGGCUGUAAAAUAAAGCCAAUUACAUGUUCUAUCAAUCGACUCUCUUUGCAUUCUGAAUGAAAAGAACAUGCGUAUUAGUAAAGCAAGGAAGUGAAAGGUAGAUAAUCACUGACCGUAAAACAAGGGAUACAGAACAACGAAGUGCCUUCCUGAAAUCUCAGGUUUCAUGUCAGUAAAUCAUUCCAAGUGCCUUCAUUUAUAUUUUACACCCAAGUAUGAACCCUCCGAGUCUCAUCUUCCCUCUCCAAAUCUUUACUAUUUUUGCCCCGACUUAAAAGCUAGAGAUAAGCAGAUCCAGGUAUGAGGAGCUUAUAGUUCUCUUUAACAUAUAUAAUGAUGCUCAAUGUCCCAUAACAGCCAAAACAUCCAAAAAAAAAAA